AUGCUGGAAGCCUUCAAAUCCCAUCUAAAACAAUUGACAUCGUGUCUCUGUAUUCGUAAAUGUUGCUCCAAAUCAAAUAAUUCUCUACAACCACAACCUCAGCUUCCCAUAAAUUCAAUUUUGCCGUUUCCACCAACUCAACCAACAAAUACAAAUAAGAGAUUAAAUAAUUAUAAAUCACCUAGAGCUUUAUUAACUGGGCAAAAAUUAAUAAUUGGUAGGGAAGAGGAACAACGAGUGUAUUUUAAUGAAUUACGUAAAAGCUGGAAUGUGCCACCUUAUGAAAUGAAGAAGAAAUAUAUUAAAUAUUAAUUGUAUUAAUUAUUAUUUUUUAUUUUUAAAUAAUAAAAUAAAGUAGUCGUUUGAACCAUUGAGGUUAAUCCGAAGUCUGAUACUCAAACUCCGAUACCUGGACAAUUUUUUUGAAAUGAUAGCUUACAGAGAAAUUUUUGAAAAUCCGACACAAAAUCUUGCCCAACUUUUCCUCUACACGUCAAAGCCUGGCCUGACCCCAUACCAGAUGAUUAGCCCACUUGGAAAAUUAUUCAAGUCGGGAUUG